CGUUUCCGCGCCUGGCAAGAGGACAGCAAGGACAAGGGCAGAAGUUUAGAGCUCCCCGCCCCGCCCACCGGGAUGGGGGCCGGGGAAUUUGAGGGGGCGCUGUCCCCCACAGUACUGCAGAGCGGGAAGACAGACGCAUGGGCAGCGGAGAUGAUGGAGGAUGCGCCUGGCUCAGGACAAUAAAGUGACUUCACCUGCUGCUAAAAAGGUUUGCCUGCCAAAAACUUCCUCAUCAUGUCAGCUAAAAAUAGUCACUCAUCCACUGCAUCCCCUCCUAGCCCACCUACCACUUCCCAGCAUUCCACACCGAUUUUGUCUUCAGAGGAAGAGGAUUUUGAAGCCAAAGUAAAUGAGCAGGACUUGCAGGGUAAAUCUCAAUCUCCAGAAGGCAAAGAGCAAGAGGAAUCAGUUUCAGAAAGAGAGUAUCUGCAGGAAGAUGAAUACCUACAUGAUGAAAAGUAUCUAGCCAGUAAGGAUUACCUGUACGGAAAAUAUCUGAAAGAGGAACUCAAGACGAUGUUUCCACUGCAAAGCCAAUCUAGUCCUAUUGCAAGGAGCUCACCCACUGGCACCACAAUGGUGCCUACUCACUCCCCUUUUCAACCUACCUGUGCUGCUCCUCCUUCCACCUCAGAAGCUUCCAACGAAUACUACACUUACACAUAUCCUUUCUCCUCCAUGCGAGACCAGGACAGUCAGACAGAAUGGACCUAUGAGAGCAAGCCAGUAACAUCUUUAAUAGCAAAAUCCAAAACAGAAAAAGAAACAACAAUGCUAACUUCCCUGGAGUCUGAAACGGAAGUGUAUGGUGGCAGUGACUUAGAUAAAGAAUAUGAAAAUGACCAAGAGCCAAGCUUUGACAAGAACGUAGAAGAUUCUCUACUAGAAGAAGUUAGUGACAAACAGGAAGCUGAAGAGUUCGAUGUCAAUUUUCUUAGCAGCUCCUAUCAGUCAGUGUUUAGGUUAAUCAUCCAAGAGAUGGCUGCUCUCCGUGACCUCGAGGAGGAUUUUGACAUUCCCCUGACCAAGCUGCUAGAAAGUCAAAACAAAAAGAAGCUAAGAAUGCUGUUGAAGAAAAAUUUUGAAAAAUACAAAGAUGUAAUCCUGUGGAUUCUGAAGAGACGGGAAGGUCAGAAGGCAUCAGAGAUGUCCACGCUCACAUACUGUCUGUCGAAUCCACCAAAAAUCGAGGAGCCUAAGGGAGAAAUCACAACAAAACCUGCUGUUCGUGUUCGUCUUAAGAAACCAGAAAUUGACACAGAGUGGAUAAAACAGACGUUACAGGCACAUCAAGCGGAUGGAAGAAUUCUCUACCCCAACAAGAAAGUCUUCCAGAUUCUCUUUCCUGAUGGGACAGGCCAGAUCCACUACCCAUCAGGAAACCUAGCUCUGCUCAUCUCAUGCACACAAGGCAGCAAAUUCACAUACAUCAUUCUUGAAGAUAGCACGGACAUGUGGCUUCGGGCUGUUGUGAACAACUCGGGCCAUGCCACCUUCUACAAUGACAACAGGGAGAUGUGGUUGAGCCUGAGCAGCAGCCUGGGCUACUACUUCCCCAAAGACGAGCACACGAAGGCUUGGAACUGGUGGAACUUGGGCAUCCACGUGCACACACCCCCGGUCCAGUCGAUCACCUUGAAAAUCAACCAGUACAUCAAAGUACAAAUUCACAGACAGGAUAACAUCAUCUUUACCUUCGUCCAUGAACAGAAGCGGAUUUGUCUUAAUCUGGGCACCAGGUAUAAGCUCACCAGCCCAGAGCUUCUGUGUGAAAUGGGGAAGACAGCCAUCCUGGAGGUGCAGCCUGGCCCAACGGCCCAGAAAAUUCAGACCCUUCUGAAAAAAAUGAAUAGAAUCCUGAAUUCCCUGGCAGUCCAUGAUUUGAAAAAGUUCAAAAAGGCCGCCAAGAAGUUGCUAGAGGACCAUUCAAAGAUGAAGGUGUGGUCGUUUCUGGAUUUAUAGCCAUCAAUGAAUUGCCCCAGGCCGUGUGCCAAAGUCCCUGAACUCUCUGGGGACAGGUGUGUCCUCAAGAACCCUAGGCAAAGUUCUGAAGGACCUGGUUGUGUCUUCUAAGAAUUGGUUUGUCAUUGGAGACCUGUCACAGUUCCUUUGGUUGAAAAGAAGUAUAAAGCUAGGUUUUGGAGGUGGGGGACACUUAACAGAAUCCUUGUCUGGGCGUGGAAAAGACCUUGAAGAGUCAGCUAGGAGCCGCCUGCACUGGAAGCCCAUGGUCAGGGCAGCAGGCAGUGGCCAACACCUGCCCAGGCUGCUCCCAGCAGUCACUGCUUUGGAAAGGCUGUUUUGCAGCUUUGGACUCUUGCCUUAACUCAAGACACAGACUGUAUGGGCUCAAAGCUUCUUCCACCCCUUGCAGCCUGAUUUGCAAGGAACUGUAUGCUUCAGUGUCUGCAUCCAUAAAAUAGGCCUCACAAUG